AUGGCCAACGGCAACCCAAAGCUACUAGUCGCUGCCUUGCGUACUUGCCGCGCAGGACUCCUUCGCACCUUUCAAUCGUCCGCGAUAUCAGCAGCCCCGAUACCAUCCGUCCUGCACCACCGAUGCCUGUCGUCUCUCCCCGCACUUGACGCCGCGAAACCUGCCGCCGAUUCCGGCACCUCAGCCCCUGGCAAAACCGGAGCUCCCCGCGCUUUCACCACCACCAGUAACAGUAGCAGCUUAAAAGAUGCCACGUGUCAGUUGGAGGGGACGGCCGUGCGCAGCGCAGCGGCUGGCGGGUUGCAUUCUUUGGCUGUUUCCGAGCGAGGGGGACUGUACACGUGGGGGUAUGGCGGGUUCGGGGCGCUGGGGCAUGGGGAGUUUACCAGGAGGGACGUUCCCUGCCACGUGGCGCCCUCUGAUUGGCUGGAGGAGGGGGUGGAGAUUAAAUCAGCAGCAGCGGGGGGGAGCCAUACCUUGGGUUUAAGUACCGCUGGGAGGGUUUAUGCGUGGGGGAGGGAUGAGGGGGAGGGGCGGUUGGGUAUCCCCCAUAUAGUGGACGCGAUAGGAGAAGAAGGGUGCGUGCCUCGGCCAAUCCCGGUCGAGUUUCCGGCGUCCCAGGGCCUGCCACGUGGCGGAGUCUCGUUGGUCGCGUGCGGAGGGUUCUUCUCUGCUGCUGUGGAUUGCGAGGGUGGCGUGUGGACGUGGGGAGGUGAGGAGGUGUUGGGAGAGGUGAGGGGCGGUAGGGGGAGGUGUUUUGGGUGGGGGUGGGGGAAAAGGGGAGGGGGGUUCUUUCCUGCUUUUGUGGAUUGCGAGGGUGGCGUGUGGACGUGGGGAGGUGAGGUGGUGCUGGGGGGUAGGGGGAAUGGGAUGGGAGGGAAGAGGGUUCGGUGUGAUGGGAGUGUGUGGACAUGGGGAGGGAAUCACAAUGGGGAACUGGGACGAACAGCUUCUGGCCUUCUCCCUGCCCGCAUCACCACCAUCACCACUCCUAUCACACACCUAGCAGCGGGUGGCUUCCACUCGCUGGCAGUAGACGACGAGGGGCGCGUGUGGUCGUGGGGGAGGGGCGGCAGCGGCCAAUUGGGGCAGCACUCGCUGCUGACUCAGCCUGUGCCACGUGUCGUUCCGGGAUUGGCUGGAGUGAAGAUCGCCAGGGUGGCAGCAGGGAGUGCUUGGAGUGCUGCUGUGUCAGACGAAGGGCAACUAUAUGUUUGGGGAAAGAAUGCGGACGGGCAGCUUGGACUGGGAGCCGGGCAGCCCAAAAUUAUCGACGUACCAUUUGAAGUUUCGCUCCCGUCCCUCCCGUUACUGGAAACAGGACUAGUGUCUGCCUCGACCGUUCUCCCGGUGCUCUUCUUGCCGGAGCUGGUGGUUCGGCGGAUGGGGUUGCCGAGCCUGUUGGUGGUGUAG